AUGGGCCUGCUAUCGAAGAAGGCCAAGGCGGAUGCGGACGGAGACGUCUUCCACGACGUUCAGGAGGCAUGGCUCCACGAUGCGGCGUCGGACGAGGGCGGGUACGCCUGCAAGGACAAGGAGACGCUCGAGAGGCAGCGGUCAGCCAUCUUUGAGUUCGUCAAGGAGGUCGGGAAGAAGAUUAUUCUGGGCGGGGGCAACCUCAUGAACAUGUCCAUGCCCGUGAAGAUGUUCGAGCCGCGCAGUUACCUCCAGAAACUCACCGACGUGUGGGUGCACCCACGGCUCCUGGACCGUGCAGCCGAGACGCGCGACCCCGUGGAGCGCAUGCGGCUCGUGGUCGCGUGGUUCCUCUCCGGCAUGCAGUACGCGUUCGACCAGUGGGCGAAGCCCUUCAACCCUCUGCUGGGGGAGACCUUCCAGGGCGAGCUCGACGACGGCUCGAAGAUCUUCAUCGAACAGGUCUCGCACCACCCGCCGAUCUCCGUCUUCGAGUACGUCGGGAAGAACGGGCGGUACAAGUUCUCCGGGUCGUCGCAGCCCGACGUCAAGUACAAGACGUCGCAGAACGCGCUGCAGACCUUCGCCCACGGCGCGCGCGUCGUCACCUUCCACGACGGCACCAAGAUCGACAUCAAGUACCCCACGUACUACCUCAAGGGCCUCGUCUACGUCCCCGAGCCCCGCGCCGAGCUCAUCGGCGACGCCACCUUCACCGACGCCCGCAACGGCCUCGAAUGCAAAGUCCAGUUUGGACCCAUCAAAACCGCCCCGGACCCGCUCCUGCGCCGCACGGACACCGUGCACGGGGCGAUCGUGUCGACGGCGCCCACGUCCGACCCGGAGGACGUCGUCGCGGGCCGGCACCGCUUCAUCAAGGCGUUCCACGGCGGCAAGGGCAUCAACCUGCACGGGAUGAAGGUCAUGUCGGUGCUGACGGGCAACUGGUUGUCGCACGUCGACUGGGACGACACGCGCUACUGGACGCUCCAGGAGGAGGAGGGCGACGAGUUCGUCAAGGACCCGAUCCGGCGGUACCACUGGAAGUCGGUCAAGAGCCCGCUCCCGUCGGACAGCCAGUUCCGCGAGGAUUUGGCGCGCCUGCGUGACGGCGACAAGAAGGACAGCCAGAAGUGGAAGGAGAUCAUGGAGAACCGGCAGCGCGCGGACAAGAAGCACCGCGUCAAGUACUGGGAGAGCAAGGGCCUCAAGUACAAGCACUGA